GAAACAACAGUGUUUUUCGCAGUUUGCUGCGGUCGAUAGUGAAAAACAGAGGAAGGGGAGGGAACGUUGACAGUAGUUGCACCAGUUACUUUGCCUUGAUGUUACCCAGCAGACUCUCGCCACCAGCCAGCCCGACCGGUACUUCCACAAACCCCAUGUUGGAGGCACGGCACACCGCGGGCGCCAAGCGCUACAAGUACCUGCGUCGCAUCCUCAAGUUCCGACAGAUGGACUUUGAGUUCGCACUAUGGCAGAUGCUGUACUUGUGUGUUGCACCACAGAGAGUAUACAGAAAUUUCCACUACAGAAAACAGACAAAAGACCAGUGGGCUCGAGAUGACCCGGCCUUCCUGGUCCUGCUCAGCUUCUGGUUGUGUGCAUCUUCCCUUGGUUUUGCCAUUGUGCUACAGUUGAGUAUAAUGGGGAUGAUUAAACUGCUCCUGUGGGUCAUCUUUGUGGACUGUAUCGGAGUUGGACUCAUGGUAGCGACACUGCUGUGGUUCGUUGCCAACAAGUACCUACAGACACAGAAGUCUGACCAGGAAGUAGAGUGGGGAUAUGCCUUUGAUGUCCACCUGAAUGCCUUCUUCCCCCUGCUGAUCAUUCUACAUGUCAUCCAGCUCUUCUUCAUACACCCUCUGAUUGACAAAGAGUGGUUCAUGUCGCGGCUGUUUGGGAACACGUUGUGGCUGAUCGCCCUGGGGUACUACCUGUACAUCACAUUCCUGGGAUAUAGCUCCCUUCCGUUCCUGCGCCACACAGUAGUUCUGCUGUACCCUGCCAUGCUCAUCAUCCUCACGUUUUACAUAGUCUCCCUUCCCGUGGGCUGGAACUUCACCCAGGGACUCAUGUGGUUCUAUAGAUAUAGAGUUGGGCAUUAUGUAUAGUCUCUAGGUUAAUGGUGUACAUUGUGUGCUCAAACAGAGCAAACAGUUCCAUGUUUUCUUUCAUUUCUAUGUACAAAUAUAAAGUUCUAGGGUUAGGGUCUGAGAGAAGUGUAAAUGUAAUGACUGUAUUAUGAAUUGUACGCUCUUUGUGUAAGAAUACUAGUAUAAAGGUGAACUUGUAUUGUAGUCUAGUCUGCUACUAGCAGUAUUUGCUGAUAUGUCAGCAACUAGCAAUUUAGACUUAUAUUCUGGUGCAGCUGCAGUAUGGUCCAAUCAUAUGAGAUGAUUUAUUCCUAUGUGAUGGUUGGCUUUGAUUCCCCGACUCUCAAGAACUUUUAUUGGGGUACACUGGAUACAUUAUAUGUGUUGUCUAAGAUUCUUUUACAAGUGUUUGUGUGUGUUUCACCCAUUUGUUUCAAGGUUAGGAAGAAAUGUGCUAUUUGUUAUGAAGUAGAGCUACAUGUACAUUUCUUAUCUAGUUUCAUAUUUCAAUUAUUUUCCAUGAACCAUAAAGGUGUUGGUUAAUCACAUUAAAGCUUGUCAGGCAUAGCCAAGGGUAGGGAUUCUAGCAAAUGCACCAGAGAAUUUGCACUUGAAUUUUGUAGAUUACUUUAUGACUGAUUGCAUAAAGUUUGUAGAGACAGGAGCAUAGUAGGGAAAGAGUUAGAUAGAGAUGUUGUAGAUCAUGGGAAACCAUGUAAAGCUUGCUAUAUUUUCUGUUGUUGUUAUUUACAUUGUGCAAUGUGCUGUAUCCCGUGAGUUUCACAUCAUUUUGGAAUGGAACACUUUGUGAAAAUAAUUGUAGAUAUUUUGUCUAUAUACAGUAUAUGCAAUUUUGUCUAUUUACAUAUUCCUUACAUACAUACUUACAUUCAUGUAUUCCUGUUAAAGUUUCAUAUAUGGUAUGGCUUCAGGCAAUAAGAUUGUCACUACUACACCAGUAUUGUGUAUGGAAGACAAUCUAGGCUAUAAUGAGCUGAUCGUUUCAGUCGAAACGUUAAGGCAUAAAUGAAGAAUAGAGUUGUUUCACCUAUCUCUGUGAUAUUUUGACUGUUGCAUUCCUGAUCAAAUUGCCCAAAAGAAGCCACACAGCCGAGACUUCGAUAUAUGGGGUUUAAUAGACUACUAGUAUUUCGAGUAUUCAUUAAAUUUUCCCAAGUCACACAUUUCAUCUGAGUUGUCCAGACUAGCUUGCACAGUCAAUACAAACUUGAAUGAACAGAGGGCUGAUUUGAGUUUUCCUACCAACACCACUGAUUCACUACCAUGGGUAUGCUUCCACAGUGUACAAUAACUGAAUAAGGUAUUCAUUGAAGUUUACAUUGUAGCUCAUCUAAAUAUCUAAAUAACACUUCAAACUACGUGUCAGCCCCUACAAGCAGCAGGCUGUUUAACACAGACUACUUGAGGUUACUUGAAGAAACCCUGCUUUGAGAGGACUCCUUGAGUCUUGACCUAAAUGUAGAAGUCAAACACACUUUGUGUUUUCACUUUUCACUAGUUAACUGAAGUACAAAGGUGAUUAACAUAUACAAAUUAGACAUGUACUGAAGAAUAUUAUGUAAAUAUAAAAUAAAGGGAUUUCAGUUGGUUUAGUAAGUAUUAAUGGAUCUGUAAGCACUACUUUUGUAUUCAAAUAAAUGAUACUGUUCAUGUCUAACCCUUGGCUAACAGGGAACAACAUGUGAACAGAC